AAAUGUGUGUUCAUUUACUUUACUUAUUGAAAGUAGGGCUGGGGAUAAAAUGCCAAGUAAAAACAGUAAAACAGCAGCCAUGGUAUCACCAAUAAUUGCCUGGCAAUUCUAAUACCUAGCUAAAUAAAUCCAAAGACAGCUGCCCCCACCCAUAGUUCAUAGACCUUUCUCAAAGCAAGCAGGCACAUGAAACUCAGCACGUCAGGAAAACAUACCAUUGGAGAGAGACCAUAGCUCAGGGGCAGAACACAUGCUUCACAUUCGGAAAGUCUCUGGUGCACUUCCCUGGUAGCUGCAGUUAAAAGGCUCAAAUAGUAUGUGACAGGUAAAACUUUUGCCUCAGUCCUGGGAGGCCCAGUAUAAGACAGAACAGGCAAAGGUGCGUACAGAAUGGACAGAUAAUCGGAUGGCCACUUACAUAUUGCCAAAAGAGAGGAAAUGUACAAUGACCAAAAAGUCAUCAAAGGAAGACAGAGGCUUGUACGAAGUGUUGUGCAUGCUCAAGUCUAUGGAAAAGUGCAAAUUUAGACAUAAUUGUUGUAAUUUAAAUAGAAACACAAUACCAUAGAGAAGAGAAAAUAUACAACAUCGUGUGAACAUGUGAGAAAGCAAGUCCUCAGAUUGUCACAAGCUUCCAGAAACAGUAGCCAGUAAGGUUUAUCUAUGUGUUUGAUCCCAAAAUUAGCCUUGGGCAUGGAAUCACACCCACCAGCAUCUCUGAUCUCCUAUAUAAUGUGCAAAACCCAACGAGUGCACAGAGAAGGAACCUUCAGCCCAAGGCACAGGAUUUUCCAAUGUCAGCACAGCUUAGUCUAGGAGCAAAACUGUUGUUGAAGGAGAAGCACUUGAGACCUUGAAGCUCAACUAAUCUUUGAGAAGGACCAGAGAAAGGAGGAGAAGCCAUAGAGAUGGAGUGCCAUAUUUGUAAGCCCUGCAUGAUGUUACCUGACAUGUAUAACUAUCAAUGGAUGGAGGUUCAGAGGAGUAAGUCCAACAAGAAGACUUGGGAUCAGGAAAUGGUGGAAUUAUUCUGUGACUAUAAGCAAAAUCCAGUAUCUCCUCCACGUAAAAUUAGGGCCCCUGGAGAAACAGAGCCCAGGUUGUUCAGAAUUUGGGAUAUUAGCCAGAAGUUCUUGAUCCUGAUUAACAAUAUUCUUGUAGCAACCUCCAAAGACUCCAGACUACCAGAAGAAUUUUUUGCUGUGAUCCCUAAUAACUCACUAGAUCCAGAAGCGCAGCCCAUCUUUAUAGGCCUAAGUGAUAAAACACACACUCUCUUCUGCAUGGAUUCUGAUGAAGGUGAACCUCAGCUGAAGUUAGUGGAGAGAAACAUUAUGGAGCUUUAUUCAAAACAUGAAGAAUUCAAGAGCUUCACUUUCUACAGUCGGUCUGACAGCCAACAACAGACUUGCUGCUUUGAAUCUGCAGCAUUCCCUGGUUGGUUCAUGAGCACUUCGAAGGAGCUAAACAAGCCUGUUGGCUUGAGUCGUGAAGGAGGGACUGAGAUCACUAACUUCUAUUGUGAAAGAAAGGACCCUUUGGAAUAGAGCAGAACAUUUUUUUAAUGGAAAUGAAAGAAUUCAUAUAUAUAUAUAUCUCUGAAGCAGGCUGCAUUCCUGUAUGGAAGUUAUGACUUUGUAAAUGGACGAAGGAAUUAGAACUGGAUAGUUUUUUGUUGGU